GAGAAAGGAGAGGUGGUGGGGCGAUGGCAGCGACUGCGGCGGAGGGGGUGGCCGCGACGGCGCUGCGAGCCGUGCUGGGGCGGGCGGGUAUGGCGGCGGAGCGGUCGGGGUGCGCCGCGGAGGCGGUACGGGUUGUGGCGGUGGGGAAGACCAAGCCUGUUUCGAUGCUGCGGCAGCUAUACGACGCGGGCCACCGCUGCUUCGGCGAGAACUACGUGCAGGAGUUCGUCACCAAGGCCCCCCAGCUUCCGCAAGAUACCCGGUGGCAUUUUAUCGGGCACCUGCAGAGCAACAAAGUGAAACCACUGUUAGCUGCUGUUCCAAAUCUUGAUAUGGUUGAGGGCGUAGACAAUGAAAAGAUUGCUAACCACCUAGAUCGAGCUGUCAACAGUUUGGGAAGGCAGCCUUUGAAAGUUUUGGUUCAAGUGAACACUAGUGGAGAAGAAUCUAAAUCUGGAAUCGAUCCCUCCAAAUGUGUCGACCUUGCUAAGCAUGUGAAACUAGCAUGCCCACACCUAAUAUUUUCAGGUCUGAUGACAAUAGGUAUGAAAGACUACUCGUCAACACCAGAAAAUUUUAAGGCAUUGGUUAAUUGUAAGCUUGAAGUUUGCAAGGCCCUUGACAUACCAACAGAACAGUUUGAACUCUCCAUGGGAAUGUCUGGUGACUUUGAGCAAGCGAUUGAGAUGGGCAGCACGAAUGUGAGGAUUGGAUCAACCAUUUUUGGACCAAGGGAGUAUCCAAACAAAAGGCAGAACUAGUGAGAUUCAACGCAUAAGUGUCAUCUCAAUACCCAGUCCUCUUGAUUAACCUUUUGCCUAUGUAAGCAUGAUGCUAUGUAUAAAUGCACAUGUGAAUAGGUAACAUGUACAACCUCAUACAACACUGUUUGCAGGGGGAGGGGGGGGAACUCUCCAUACAACAGUACGGCACUGUAUAAGAAAUUUUGUGACAUGGCCUUGAAUAGAAAUUUCAUAAAAA